GUACGUUAUCACGUGACCAACCGUGCGUGGUUUCAUCAAAACAAAUCGGAAAAAACUUUUGUUUAACGUCUUUCAGAAUAAAUUCCAACUUUAUUUUAUGCAAUGAACCUAUAAUUUGUGUUAAUUUUUAUAUUUUGGAGUACUUAGUUUUUUUAACCGAUAAGGGUUUCAACACUUUAAUGACGUAUUUUCGUUAAUCAAUGUAUUAUCGAGCAUUUGUUGAAGUUUAAUGACAUUGAUUCUGAAUAUUUAUGAUUGUUUUUGAUGAAUAAGAUGAAAGAUUGUUGAAACGGACAGCAAUAAUGCCUGUUAGAAUUGAAAACCACAAGGGUUCAAAGGCUCAGGAUGACGAAGUUGAUGAUGACGAAUAUGAAACCGAAGAAUCUGAAUCAGAUAGUGACAACGAAGCACAGAAUCACGCUCGUUCUAGAGCUCCAAAGAAGAUAAAAAACAUUGUUUGGACUGGUUAUGCUAAGAAAACUCCAGUUCUACUAUUCAGUGCGGAGUCCGUAGUUACUAAGAACCCUGAUGCAAAAAUUGUUGGAGAACGUUAUCAUAUGGCAUUUAAAUUUGUUAGAACGGAAUGUAAACUAGUUCGUAAUGUUCUAAGUGCUCACGGCUUCCAUGAGGCUCAUCCAAAUAGUAAUGAAUUUAACAUAAUGUGGACAGGAUCUCACUUAAAACCGUACAUACUAAGAGGUCUGCAGGAAUUUCAAAAAGUUAACCAUUUUCCACGUUCUUACGAAAUUACACGCAAAGAUAGACUUUUUAAGAAUAUUCAAAAACUUCAACAAACCAAAGGAAUUAAACAUUUUAACUUUGUUCCACCAACUUUUGUUAUGCCUAGUGAAUUCCAAGAUUAUUGCAAUGCAUUUCAAAAGGAUAAAGGCCCUUGGAUAGUCAAACCUGUUGCCUCAUCGAGAGGAAGAGGGAUUUUUCUAGUCAAUCAUCCUGAACAGGUUCCUCUAGAUGAAACUGUUGUAGUAUCGAAAUACCUAUCCAAUCCACUUUUAAUUGAUGGUUUUAAGUUUGAUGUUCGCUUAUACGUUGCUGUUACAAGUUACGAUCCAUUAAUUAUAUAUCUGUACGAGGAAGGUUUAACAAGAUUUGCUACUAUGAAAUAUCAAAAAGGCAUAAAAACGAUAAGGAAUCAGUGCAUGCAUUUGACGAAUUAUAGUGUAAACAAAAAGAGUAAUGCAUACGUGUCAAAUGAUGACGCGGAUGUUGAAGAUUAUGGCAAUAAAUGGUCUUUGGGUGCUUUGCUGCGAUACUUGAGGUCACAAGGAAAAGAUACUACUGCACUAAUGAUGAGAGUGGAAGAUGUUAUUGUUAAAACUCUAAUUGCCGCAGAACUACCAAUAGCAACUGCUUGCAAGAUGUUUGUUCCUUAUAGAGGCAACUGUUUCGAAUUAUAUGGUUUCGAUGUCCUAAUCGAUGAUAAUUUAAGGCCCUGGGUGCUCGAAGUCAAUUUAUCUCCCUCUUUAAAUUGCGACGCCCCAAUCGAUCUGAAAAUAAAAUCCAAUAUGCUGGCUGAUUUAUUUAGUCUUAUAGGAUUUGUAUGCCACGAUCCCCUGCAGCGACACAUGCAACAAACUCGUAGAAAUCAGGAAUUCUUAACAAAGGCGUCUAGGCCUCAGAGAACUACUCGCGGCUUAACUUUAAAGAGACCUCAAUCAGCUAAUAUGGAAGCUGGACGCUUAGCUACCGCCGCUCGCCAACCAAAUACCAAGGGACCAUUUGCAGGUUUAACUAGUGAGGAAAUACGUAUUGUAAGAAGAGCUAAAGAAGAGAAUAAUAGAAGAGGAGGAUGGGUGAGGAUAUUUCCAACACAGGACUCGUGGGAGUUGUACGGCAACUUUCUACAAUACUCAAGCAAUAAUAAUUGGACUCUAUUUCAACACUUUUAUCCUGAAAAAGCAAUGCAACUGCCUAGUAAGGCCACUUCAGCUAGUACGUCAUCCAGCUCAAAUAGGAUUAAAAUCUUGCAUACUGCUCCCUACCCACAAAUGCAUCUAAGUAAUGAAGCAGAUGAAUAUAAAUGCAAUGCUUUGGAAAGAUCCACGCAAUACGAGAGGAAAUUGAGCUCAUUGAAUCUAAACACAAAGAAGAAGAGAUCUCAUUCUUCUUGUGCACCCGAAAAUAAGACCACAACCUAUCCGUCAUCUAUGAGACCGCCUAGCGGUUUACUGGGCCGUAACACAUUACCUCAAGGAAUUGCUACAACUAACAUAAGUGAUACCAAGUCUGCCUCUAGCAAUAAAAAUGAUAAUAGAGAAGGUCAGACUAAAAAAGAAGUGGUUAAACAUGAGAGGAGCGAAGACAAAUUGAACGUUCAAGCCAAAUCGGCUAAUUCAAAUGCCGCGCAAGCCAGUGAAAAAAAAAAUUUGAACGGGGAAAGCCAACAAAAGAAUGGCAUAAUUGCGCACAAUGCUCAAGCACUUAAUAAUAGGAAUGAAAUUAACAACAAUAAGCUGCAAAAGUUGCUUAGCGAAUUCAACGUGGUUGAACAACUUCAUAGGGGGAAGACACUAACCAAAAUACAAGCGCGUCACGCGUUCGCCACGUAUUUGAGAAGAGUUGAAGAAAGAUUAAACUCGGAAAGUAAAGGAAACGAUGAAACUUUAUCGGAAGAAGAUAAUGACAGUGCAAAUGAACAAAUGGAUCUUGUUCUGCGUUUCCUGAAACGAGCUGCGGGAAAUUUGCAGUGUUCGUUCAAAGUAACAGUUCCAUCCAAGAGUCUACCUUUGUCAUCAAGGAGAAAGAUUCUUUCAAAACAACUAGCUGAAUUCGUGAAUCUCUACAGCAACGAAACAAAUCAGAUGAUAGUCAGACAACAGAUUGAGAAACAACAUAAAACUCCGUUAUUCAGUCGUAGCAAUACCCAGAUUAAUGAACAUUUAGACGAUUUCAUGCUCACUGGUUGGGUCGAUAGCGCGUCCGAAUCGGCUUUAGAAGAAGUUCUAACAACUUAUACGAAGUUGCACAGGUCCGCUAGUAUAUUUUUGGGCAGUACAGCUAAGGUAGAACAGUCUCCCAGACCUCCUCAUCUCCCCGCUCACCUAAGACGCGUUCUAAAGCAACCCGAUUCUACAUCCGAACAGAAUGAAAACAAUACGAAGAAAAAGCUGGAAGAUGAACCGAAACAUGACGAAACCAAUGGCAGAAUAAUGAGAAGAUCCCAAUCCUUGACAAGAAAUAAACCAUAUUCUUUCAAUUAUGAAAACUAUACUAUUGGAACGGCCUACUUGCCUAAAGCUGAAGUCGUUAAACAUAAUACAAAUAGGAAAAAUGCAGAAGAAGAGCAUAAAAGUAAAAAAGUUACAAAAAGACCAAGUUCGGCAGUUGCUCAAUCAUCAUAUGAAACAGCCGUGGCGGUUUACACAAAUCAAAGACAGACCUUAGCGACUGUUAUAAAGCAUCGACCGGCGUCCUCAAACCUUCAUCGCCCAUCAGGUCGGUAG